AUACUACGAAGCCUGUUGUGCUGUUCCACUCUUUAACUUGAUAUGCCAAAAACUGUCCACUUUAAUGAAUUUUUUCUUGCCCAAUCAAUUCUAAAAUAUCACAUGUAAAUUAGUUUUUAAAUGCUUCAUUAAGCAGCCAGGAACACCCACAUUUUAUAUAUACAUAUACAGAGAGAGAGAGAGAGAGAGAGAGCUUUUUUACCUUGCAGAAAUGGUGGGUGAUGCACCGAUGCUGAGAUGGACUUGUAGUGCAUUGGCUAUAGUCACUAUCGACAAGACGCAUGUGAGAUAAAAUAAAAUCCCCAGAUCUUCCCUCACCAUCCUAGAACCACCCCUCAAAUUCCCUUUUCUUUCUUCAAAAACCAAUCCCUUUAACACAUAGAGCUAUAAAUUAAUAAAUAAUAUGUGACAAAUACCAAUCUUUUAACACACACAGAUAUUCUCUUGCUUACAGAGAAACAGAGCAUCCUUCUGUUUCAAAAAUCUCACUUUUUCUCUCUGAAAUGUCCAAGAAUCUUUCCAUGUUCUUGUGAACACCGGAACUUGCUUAAAGCACCUCAAUUUUCUUUUUGUAAUGUCCGAGAAACUUUGUUUUUUCUUGUUCUUUCUCUUUUUCUUUGCAAACCCAGUUAUUUCCCAGGUAGAAGAGAUCUUUUCUGAUGGUUUUAGUCAUGCCGGGAACAACAUGAGCCUUUAUGAUGGUGCUGAGAUUGAAAAUAAUGGCGUACUUAGAUUAACAAACAACACUCAGCGUUUAAAAGGCCAUGCUUUCUACAGUAAUCUAAUCCAAUUCAAGAACUCUAGCAAUGGUAAGGCUUUCUCCUUCUCUACUUCUUUUGCUUUUGCUAUAGUUCCUGAGUACUUGAAGCUCGGUGGCCAUGGUUUUGCUUUCACUAUCUCUACCUCAAAACAGCUUCAAGGGUCUCUUCCUAGUCAGUACCUUGGCUUACUUAAUGCAAGUGAUAUUGGUAAUUUCUCAAAUCAUAUUUUUGCAGUUGAAUUUGAUACAGUUCAAGACUUUGAAUUUGGUGAUAUAAAUGACAACCAUGUUGGUAUUGAUAUAAACAGUUUGCAAUCCAAUAAAUCUGCUCCUGCUGCUUAUUUUCUUGAUAAUUCUACAAGGCAAAAUCUUAGUCUUCAGAGUAACAAGGUUAUUCAAGCUUGGAUUGACUAUGAUUCCAUCAAGAAUCUUGUAGAAGUUAGGCUUUCACCUUUUUCCGUAAAACCAAGACUUCCCAUUUUAUCUUUUGGAGUAGAUCUUUCUCCUUUCUUGAAAGAUUACAUGUACGUUGGGUUCUCUUCAUCUACUGGUUUAUUAGCAAGCACACACUAUAUUCUUGGAUGGACUUUCACUGUUAAUGGAGUAGCCAAGUCUUUGUCUUUAUCUUCUCUUCCCACUCUUCCUGGUCCUAAAAAGGAUCACACGCUAUUGAUUGCAGCUGUCACAAUUUCAGCUGUUGUGAUUAUAAUCUUGGCCGUGGCUGUAUCCUUUUACCUAAUUAGAAAGAUUCAGAAUGCUGAUGUGAUAGAGGAAUGGGAGUUUGAUGUUGGUCCUCAUAGAUUCUCUUAUCGAGAACUCAAGAAAGCAACAAAAGGUUUUAGAGAUAAAGAGCUUCUUGGGUUUGGUGGAUUUGGCAAAGUUUACAAAGGAACUUUACCAAAUUCUACUGAAGUUGCUGUUAAGAGAAUCUCUCAUGAAUCUAAACAAGGUGUGAGGGAAUUUGCUUCUGAGAUUGCUAGUAUCGGUCGUCUUAGACAUAGAAAUUUGGUUCAGUUGUUGGGUUGGUGUCGCAGGCGAGUUGACUUGUUACUUGUCUAUGAUUUCAUGCCUAAUGGGAGCUUAGAUAAGUACUUAUUUGAUGAGCCUCCAACCAUUCUCAAUUGGGAACAAAGGUUCAAUAUCAUCAAAGGUGUGGCUUCUGGUCUUCUAUAUCUGCAUGAAGGAUGGGAACAGACUGUGAUCCAUAGAGAUAUAAAAGCAGGCAAUGUGUUGUUAGAUUCUGAGCUAAAUGGAAGACUUGGUGAUUUUGGUCUUGCAAAAUUAUAUGAACGAGGCAGUAAUCCUAGCACCACUAGAGUGGUGGGCACAUUGGGUUACUUAGCACCAGAGCUAACAAGAACAGGAAAGCCUACUGCUAGUUCAGAUGUGUUUGCCUUUGGUGCACUAUUGCUAGAAGUAGUGUGUGGAAGGAGACCUAUUGAGCCUAAAGCACUGCCUGAAGAGCUCAUUUUGGUAGAUUGGGUAUGGGAUAAGUGGAGAAGUGGUGCAAUUCUUGAGGUAGUGGAUCCAAGAUUGAAUGGCGAGUUUGAUGAGCUUGAAGCUGUUGUUGUGUUGAAACUAGGGCUAAUAUGUUCUAAUAAUUCACCCAACAUGAGGCCUGCAAUGAGACAGGUUGUGAGCUACUUACAAGGAGAAGUAGCACUGCCUGAGAUGGUUACAGCACCAGAUGCAUAUGAUAAGAAAAAGGGUGAAGGUACUAGUGGUGUGGAGUUUGAGGAUUAUGUGCAUUCUUAUCCAUUGUCAUCUAAUUUUGAGAAGGGCAGUACAUGGUCAUCAGUUGGUGAUUAUGGAGAUGACAUUGAAGCUAGUUCAUCUUCACCUCUUUCACAUUCCGGUAGAAAUGAAGGUAGAUAGCCAUGGUCCCCCUUUUUUGCUUAUAAUUUUCUCCUUUUUGUCUUGAGAUUACUUUUCUAUAUACUUGUCAUAAUCUUCCUUUUCAUCUUUAAUUUUCCUUAAAUUUUUUGAGGUUAAUAUGUAAAUGAAUUGAUGAUAUCCCAAAUGUGGGUUGUACAUUGCCAAGUAGAUAUUGCUCAUUUAUCAUUGGAAAGUUCUUAAAUUUCAAGAUAUGGGCAAGGAAUGGAGAGAGCUUGUCAUAAUUGGUCAUAA